AAAAUCUAAUUAAUUCUCAAUCAUUACCUUGUAAUGAUAAUUUGUUAUAUAUGCGAGUUCCUUUCUUUCAAUUUGCUUUCCUUCCAUUCCUUUUAAAAUACCAUUUUUUCCUACAUUUCCAUGUAUAGUGUAAAUAUGAAAAGAAUCACCUUCUAACUGAGCCAUUGAAAAAAGAAAAAGAAAAUGAAAGUGAAAGAAGCCAAAAAAAGGAAAAAAGGAGGAUAGGGCCGCCGUCGGUGGUGGAAACCACUAACAUCAACCCUGAGGUGAACUUUGUUUAUUUAGAGAUUUUAACAUUAUCCAUAGAGCAUCUGAGGUGUCACACACCAGUUAAAAAGUGAUUUCCUAUUGGUUGAUUGAGAAGCACCCGCCCUUUGAAAGCUCAAACCCUAGCUUAAGCAGCGGCCAUUUCCGCAUGGCGACAAAACCGAUGGCAAGUCCUCGACAGCAAGAAGACGAUGAAGAAGAUAUAGAUCCGAUGAAGAUUCUUCUACCAGAUUAUGAACUUGAAUUGCACAACACCACGACACCAAAUCUGCAACAAGAUCAACGCCAUUAUAUCCCAUCCAUCAAUUCGACGAUAAUGGUAAGGCAACUCCCAUCUCAAGGCCUCUCUUUCCAGCUGUGGCCUGCAGCCACUACUCUCUUCACUCUCCUUGACCGCCACCGCUCCGAUCCCACCACUGGCCCGCUCUCGCCAAUCUUUUCACCCGACUGCACACCCAAUAUCCUUGAGCUCGGCUCUGGCACCGGCCUUGUUGGAAUCGCAGCGGCAGUGACUCUUGCCGCUAAUGUCACGGUCACAGACCUACCUCACGUGAUUUCUAACCUUCAGUUUAACGUCGACGCUAACGCUGACACAAUGGCUCUUUUUGGCGGGACUGUCAACGUGGCAGCUCUCAGGUGGGGAGAGGAGGGUGAUGGUGACUUUGAAUGUAUAGGGCAAGAUUUUGAUGUGAUAUUGGCAUCUGAUGUGGUUUAUCAUGAUCAUCUUUAUGAGCCUUUGCUUCACACGCUGCGUUUGGUAAUGGGUGCCGGUGCCGGUGAGAAGAAGAAGAAGAAGAAGAAGGUGUUUGUUAUGACUCAUUUGAGGAGGUGGAAGAAGGAUUCUGCGUUUUUCAAAAGAGCUAAGAAAUGGUUUGAUGUUGAUGUUAUUUAUGUGGAUAGUCCUUGUCAUGGUUCCAGGAUUGGCGUCGUCGUUUACCGUUUUUCUCAGAAGUGAAUGUUUCUUUUAAAGUGACAGGACUUUGAUUUGUAAGGAAACUUCUAUAGCAUUUCAGAACCCAAUGAUCAAACAAAGAAUCCUACAUUGACGCAA